GGCGAGGACUUGGUGAGGAGGGAGUGAUGCCCGUGGAUCAAGAUGUGAGUCAGCCCAGACCAACCAAGCGAGCACGGACCAGCUUCACAGCCGAGCAGCUGCAGGUGAUGCAAGCACAGUUUACACAGGACAAUAACCCUGAUGCUCAGACACUGCAAACUCUGGCCGAGACCACUGGGCUAAGCCGGCGAGUGAUUCAAGUUUGGUUUCAAAACUGCCGAGCUCGACACAAAAAGCACGUGGGUCCGGGCCAGCUGCCCGCUACACCAGCGUCCACUACUCACCUGGAGAACAUGUCACCACACACCAUGGAGCAGGUGGUAUUCACUACGUAUGGGGGACCUGAUGGACAGAUACUGGCCAGCCUGCACACCUACAUGGACUCCCAGUCUCAGACACUUGGAUUCCCAGAUCACGGCACUCACUUGAUGACGGAGCUGGCCCCGGGUCACGCCUGAACUCUUCACGUUGGACGAUGAUUGGACCAACCUCCUAGAGUUGGGGAACUUUCCCCACCCCGACUCUUGUAUUUAUUGGUAUUUAGUUGGAGCACUUUGAUUCAUACUUGGUGACACGCGUGCCAAAUGUUUACAAUCCCACCUGUGUGUGUGUGUCUGUGUGUGUGUGUGUGUGUGAAUUCACACUAGUUUAUAUUGCUAAGUUAUUGUUGAAGAAUGUAUUCCCUGUUUGCAAAUCCUGUGUUUUAUACAGUUGACUAUUGAAAGGAACUCGUGUGAGGAAUAUUGUCGUAAGUUCCACAUUUUUUCUGUUGGCACCUUUUGGAUUCGGAGCCUUAAACACAAAUAAACAUUUGCUACUGUU